AUGGCCUUGACCGAAGCGUUACACCAAGCCAUUGAAACGGAACUUGACCGUGAGCAGCGACCCGCCCAUCAUUUUGUCAAUUUUGCCAUUACGGCCCAUGGUUUCACCCACGCUUAUCAAACAGCUAAUUUUACGGUGGGGGAGUUUUUACAACGCACUGCUCGCUUGGAUGAGAUGUUAGCCACCUUGGCCGGCAAGUUGAAUAGCAAUGAAGCCUUCAACCCCAAUCGCGGUUUCCAAGUGGAUGUGGUGUUUGUAUCCAUGCCAGGCCCAGGGUCCGGUUAUCGUAAAAAAAAAACACAAUCCUGGUCGUCUGUGUCUGGACCGAGAAAACAAGAAGAAACGAUGCAUCGUCACCAUCAAAAACAGAGAUGCCUUAUGCUGUGCUCGCGCCAUUGUCACCAUGCGAGCGCACUGCCACAAAGAUCAAGGCGUGGACGAACUUCGCCAAUGGGAUAGUUUAAAGAAAGGGUACCCAGUGGAGCAACGUCAAGCCCAGGAACUGCAUCGUGAAGCGGGGGUGGCUGAGGGUCCCUGUGGCUUGCCAGAGCUUCGCCAAUUUCAACAGGCGUUGGGAUCUCAAUACCAGCUCUUGGUGAUGACCCGGAUGAAACCGUUCUUUCUGGUUUUCAAAGGACCUGCUGCCCCCCAUCAGAUUCGUUUACUGAAAUCCAAUGAUCAUUUUGAUGGCUGUACGUCCUUUCCUGCCUUUGUCAACCGUUCGUAUUAUUGCGUGAACUGUGAACGGGGGUUCAAAACCAACGAUAGGACCAAUCAUACUUGUCAAGGGAACCGCUGCCGUGCUUGCGGGCGCUUUGACUGUCAGGAUUAUGUGCGUGGCACCCGGCCCACCGACUAUUGCAACCUGUGUCACUGCAAGUUUUACGAAGGCUAUUGCAAACGCCAUCAUGUGGUCACCAAGCAAUGUCAAUCCGUCAAAACCUGUCUCAAGUGCCAAGCCCAGUAUACGGUCGUUCCUGACCGACGUCACAAGUGCGGGCACGCCAAAUGUCCCGUGUGUCAGGAAUGGGCGUCUAUCCAGGACCACAAGUGUUACAUUCAACCCGUGGUGGAGGACGAGGAGCCAGAACCAACAGAGGAGGGGGGAGGUUGCAUUGUGGCGCCAUCCCCUCCCCUGUUUGUUUACGCCGAUUUGGAAGCCGUGCAGAAUGCGGAGGGUGUGUUUGUGGCUAAUUUGUUGUGUUAUUCGUCCAGCGAAGAAGCGACCAUCCAUGUGUUAGACGGGGAGGACUUUGCCCUGCAGUUUUUGCACGAUUUGGAUGAUCUCACCGAGGUACCGGACAGGGAUGACGAGCGGGAGAUUCUCGUGGUGUUUCACAACUUGAAAGGCUUCGACGGCAUGUUUAUUUUGCACGAACUGUACCAGCAACAACGCGAGGUGGCAGACCAACUGACGGUGGGGGCCAAAGUCCUGUCUUUCAAGAGCGGACCCCUCAAAUUCAUCGACUCGUUGUGUUUCUUGCCCAUGCCACUCGCGUCCUUUCCAAGCACCUUCAAUUUGACGGAAUUAAAGAAGGGGUUCUUUCCCCAUUUGUUCAAUACCCCGGGCCAUCAACAGUACGUGGGCCGGAUCCCCGAUUUGGAAUUUUACGAUCCCGAUGGCAUGAUGGCCAAAAAAAAGAGGAACUGACCCGUAGGCACGCGGAUCAAGUGCGUCGUAAUGUGCCCUUUGAUUUCCGUCAAGAAAUGAUCGAGUACUGCAAAUCGGAUGUGGCUCUGUUGAAAGCCGGCUGUGAAGCCUUUCAACAAGAAUUUGAACGGCGGGCCGGUUUCAAUCCCAUGGCCAAGUGCAUCACUAUCGCCAGUGCCUGUAAUCUGUAUUGGCGCAAGCACCAUUUGACCCCCGACACCAUCGCGGUCGAACCUCUGGGGGGCUGGCGAGGCGCGAAGGUCAAUCAAUCCCUCAAGGCCCUGCAAUGGCUCUACUACCAAGAACACCUCAUCCCCAAGCAGGGGGCCAGUGCCCACCGCAUUCGACAUGUCCGUAACGGGGGCGAACAGUCUGUCCAGACCAUCAUGAACAGCUAUUUCGUCGAUGGAUACGAUCCUCUGACCCGCACUGUCUACGAGUUUCAUGGCUAUCUCUACCAUGGUUGUCCACGCUGCUAUCCCAACCGAUCCGUCAAGCAUUAUGCAGUGCCAGACCGAAGCGUGGAGGAACUGUAUCAAGCCACUCUAUCCAAACGCAUGGCUCUGCUCCGAGCGGGUUACACCGUCAUCGAAAUGUGGGAGUGUGAGUGGGACUGCCUGGUAGACAACGGGCCUGCCGUGUCUCAGUUUCUUCGUUCAUUCGAUCUUGUCGCGCCCUUGGAACCCCGCGAGGCCUUCUUUGGGGGUCGAACAGGCGCGGUGGCCCUGCAUGCUGUGGCUGGGGAGGGUGAAGAGAUACGCUAUGUGGAUGUGACCUCCGUUUACCCGUGGGUAAACAAGAACUGCCCUUACCCCAUCGGUCAUCCGCAAAUCAUCACGCAACCCGUCGAUCAGUCCCUGGGUUCGUAUUUUGGUAUCGCCACGGUGGACAUUCGUCCCCCUGCUGGUUUGUUCCACCCCGUCUUGCCCGUGCGCAGUGGCCAAAAACUCACCUUUCCUCUCUGCCGCACCUGUGUCCAGGAAGAGCAGGCCAAACCCAUGUUGACCAGAACCCAUUAUUGCCAUCAUUCCGACGCCAAUCGCACGCUACGUGGGACCUGGUGCACGCCCGACCUGGUCAAAGCCGUGGAAAAGGGGUACACCCUGGCCAAGAUCCACGAAGUCUGGCAUUUUCCCCCCGAGCAACGCAGGACGGGUCUUUUUGCUGAUUACGUCAACACAUGGUUGAAGUUAAAACAAGAGUCGGCUGGGUGGCCGAGUUGGUGUCAGACCUUGGAACAAAAACGAGAGUACAUUCUUCGCUACCAGGAGCGGGAGGGGAUCCGACUGGAUAUUGCCAGCAUUGCCAAAAAUCCUGGACGCAAGGCCACGGCCAAGCUCAUGCUGAACAACUUUUGGGGCAAAUUCGGCGAGCGUGUCAACAAACCCACCACCGUCACCGUCAAGGACCCCGCCCAUUUGUUCAGUCUCAUCUCCGAUGCCGCCCUCGCUAUUAGCACUCUCCGCCUCUGUACCGACGACAUCUUGGAGGCUGUUUACACCAGUGUACAAGACAAUGCCGUCAAAGGGACCAAAACCAACAUCUUCGUAG